AUGUCUUCCUCGACGCGACAAUGGUCUAAACUAACUGUCAGUACCUUCAACGUUCGCGGCCUAUCAUCAGGCAUAAAGAAGCAACAGCUGGCUUCCGAUUUGCAGCGCUACGACGUUCAAAUUUGUAGCUUGCAAGAGACGAAAAUUCAAAAUGGAUUUGACGAUGUUAUUGGCGACUACCGAAUAUUCUGCCUCCCUUCAGACUCCCGACAUUAUGGCCUGGGGUUCUGCAUUCAUCGCUCGCUCUGGGAGCGGGUGCAUCGCGUUUGGAGCGAGUCGGACCGUGUUGCAGUUCUGCAGAUUCGCUCGUCGGAAAAGUGCUUUAUCUCCAUCGUCAACACUUACGCUCCGACCUCAGCGAAAGUCGCACAAGACCAUGGCUGUUUGGAGGACUUCUACUCAUCGCUUGGCACGGCUCUCAGUAAGGUACAUUCCUCCUCAGUUAUUCUAAUUUCGGGAGACUUCAACGCCAAGCUUGGUGGAAUGAGUUCUCAGUAUCGGUGCAUAGGACACUACGGACGCGGGCGACGGAAUUUUAGCGGAGCUGUCCUGGCCGACUUCUGCGACGCACAUCAUCUCUUCGCUUGCAACACUGCGUUUCAGCAUCCAGCGCGGCACCAAACAACAUGGACUGGCUGGAGAAAAGGACCUCAAGAUGGUGUGUCUAUCCCUAUAUACAAUCAAAUAGAUUAUAUAUUCUGUCUUCAUCGACAACGACAGCUACUUUUAGACAGCCGGUCAUAUUCUGGUACGCUGGUGGAGUCUGAUCACCGACUAGUGGUUGCAAGACUCGAUCUCUCUCGCCUACGCCAUGUGUGGAGCUCUGUUGAGCACGGUAAGAAACAGCGUGCCAGCCAAAGAAUACUGGUUGGUGGCCUCUCGGACCCAACCAUGCGAAGGAGGUAUUGUGAUGAGCUGGAAUCCUCUCUCACCGGCAACCGGCUCGACAACACUAAUUGCCCAUCAACUACCUGGAAUGGUAUUCGUCAAACGGUGAUUACAGCAGCGCGGAACACUCUGGGCGUUGCUGCACCCAGGAAGAGAGGUGGAAAGUGGAUCAUGGACGCCGACACGCUAAAAAUGUCCUGUGAGAAGCGUCGACUGAGACACCGGAUCCGUGAUGAAAAGAAUGCCGAUGAAGUUAGCAUCCUAAAGCAACAGCGCAACAAACUCUCCCACAUGAUCCGACAACACGCCUGUGCAAAUGCAGCCAGCCAUCUAGAUGAAAAAGCUCGUGAAAUUGAAAAUCAAAAAGACGGAGCCCAGAUGUUCCGUGCUGUGCAUCUACUGCAGCGCAAAAAGCAGUCGCCGAUAGUGGUGAAUGAUGCCAGCGGGAAACUGGUCCUUCGCCCGAUGGAGUCAGCUUCAAUAAUCAGAAAUCACUUCUCAGCAGCCUUCGCUGAUUCCACCUGCGCACCUCUACACCAAGAGAACAAACCUCUUGGGAUACCGAUAAGCGAGGUAGAAGUCAGGUCAGCAGCACGACGCCUAAAUAACGGCAGAGCGAUUGGACCCGACGACCUACCUGCUGAACUUAUAAAAUAUGGCCCAGCACCACUUCACCGUCACCUUGCCGAUCUAUACACACGUGCCAUCAACUGUGGUGAUCCGCUGUCGGUUGGCCAUGGAACUCUCGUCCCACUUCAGAAGCCUGGGAAGCCUAAAGGUCCUCCAUCUAACCUGAGGCCCAUUGUGCUUCUCACUGCACUUCGGAAAGUGCUCGUGAUGGCGGAACCUGGAAUUUCCCCAAUCAGUGCUGAAAUCGUAUCCCUGCUCGCCUUGAUGCAGCAGCAGAUGAAAGCGGCUGAGGCACGCGAGACUCGCCUCACCACACUGGUCGAAAACGCAACGCGCGACAACCAGGCACCACCCAGCACUUCGACAUCCUGCAGUCAGAAGCCGAUUUCUGUCGAGCGACCGGUGUUGCUCAGCACUGCAACCAUGGCCGAUUUCACGGCAUGGGAGGAGGCUUGGAGAGAUUAUGCUGUGUGCCAGCACCUCGCCAGCCAAAGUCGUGAGACUCGGGUGUCCGCUCUUCGCCAGGCGUUCGAUGCCGACAUUCGUCGUUUCAUGCGCGAAGAUGUGAUUGUCAUCUCCCACAGUGCCGAUGCUCCGGAGAUCAUCAUAGCAGUAAAAGCGUACAUCCGACGCCAACGGAACCCCCUCCUAGAUCGAAUUGCGUUUUACGAUAGAAAGCAGCAGCGCAAUGAGUCAUUUGACUCCUUCUUUACUGCAAUGAGGGAGCUGUUUGCACAGUGCGAUUUCCCUGAUAUGGAGCUGUGCAGUACGUGUACACCUCAGCUAUGCAGUACUUGUCCCCAGAGCCUCCGCAAGGUGACGGACGACAUGAUGCGAGACCGCAUCGUAGUUGGCAUAGCCAACGACGACACGCGCCAUAAGCUCCUGGCAGCUCCGUCCCUCACCUUGGAAACCGCGGCCAAGAUCUGCAGGGCUGAAGAAGCCGCACAGUAG